AUGUCCUACUCAUAUUAUCAGGCCAGAAGUACUGCACAUAACAAUACUCCUUAUUCACAAAACGACCCUAUUUCUAGUCAAUCUUCUAACGAAAAACCAUUUAACAUUGAAUCUUCUUCUAAAAGUCACGAUCAGUUUAAUAAAAAACAAUCAUUACGUUGGCAAUCUUCUUCCAUGAAAAAUUGGGAACACAAAAAAUUUGACCGUCAACUUCAUGUUGAUCAAAAUGGUAGUAACGACCUUGGAAUUUGUGGAUGGAUUUUAGCUGGUUUUGCAGUUGUUAUUGUUUUUCUAACAAUGCCUUUAUCAUUAUUUUUCUGUAUAAAAGUUGUUCAAGAAUAUGAAAGAGCUGUCAUUUUUCGUCUUGGUCGCCUUCUUCCAGGUGGCCCAAAGGGUCCAGGUCUUUUUAUUGUAAUACCAUGUAUAGAUUCAUAUAAAAAAGUUGACUUACGUGUAGUUUCUUUUGAUGUACCACCACAAGAAAUUUUAACUAAAGAUUCUGUAACUGUUGCAGUGGAUGCUGUUGUUUAUUCAAGAAUUAGUAAUAGUACUAUUUCUGUAACUAAUGUUGAAGAUGCAACAAGAUCCACUAAAUUAUUAGCACAAACAACAUUAAGAAAUAUAUUGGGUACUAAAACACUUGCUGAAAUAUUAUCUGAUCGUGAUACUAUUUCAUUACAAAUGCAAAAUAUGCUUGAUGAAGCAACAGAUCCAUGGGGCGUAAAAGUAGAAAGAGUUGAAGUUAAAGAUGUUCGUCUUCCUGUUCAAUUACAAAGAGCCAUGGCAGCUGAAGCUGAAGCUACACGCGAAGCUCGUGCAAAAGUUAUUGCUGCAGAGGGAGAAGAAAAAGCAUCGAGAGCUUUAUCACAAGCUGCAUCUGUUAUAUCUCAAUCAUCAGCAGCUUUACAACUACGUUAUCUACAAACAUUAAACUCUAUAAGUGCAGAAAAGAAUUCAACGAUUAUUUUUCCAUUUCCGAUUGAGUUAUUUAGAACUUUUAUUCCUAAAAAUAAAAAUAAAAAAGAACUAUCUACUUCUUCAGUAUUACCUCAAAAAACAGAAAAAUCAUAUAUGUCAAUGAAUACCCAAACAUCUUAUCAAUCAUCUUCUGAAGAUACAAAUAAAAAUUGUGUAAUAAGAGAAGAAAGUAUAUUAAGACUUUAA